AAAGGACAAAUGAGAAGGUGGGCCGCUUAGAGCUUGGCCCGGUGCGGAGAAUGGAAGGGAAAGGUGGGCUCUGAUAGUAUUCAGGUAUGAGCUCAGCCCAACAAACCAAACAGACCUCUCAAAAACAAAAAAGACUACUAUGCCGCCGCCGCCGGCGAUCUCUCCAACCGCUGGCCACCCCACUCGCUCCUCCAUGGGUCGUGCUCCCGGCGCGGAGGAGAAGUCGCCCGCCUCCUCGAUCCCGGGCUUUGUGUUCCAUCGCCUGCGUCGACUUGAAGAUUGCACUUUCUUGGAUUUUCAGACAUUUCCAUGCAUGUUCCCACAAGGGACUAUGCCAACGGUUCGAUCCCUUCAUUUCAGUUUCCUGCCACGUCAAAUCUUCAGCUAUGGCUUCGAACUGAGCAUGAGUCACCUCCCUUCGAUCCAGCAAGUCACGGCUGAUAUUUGGUGUCAUGGAGCCAAUGCUGGGGAGGUGAAGUUUGCAGAGACUGAGUUCAGGCGUGCAGUGGCUGACCAUCCUAACCUUCCCACACGUCUAAUCAACAGAUACGGCAUAGACCGGUGCUUGGAGAAACAGAAAUGCCGUUUAAACAAGGAUAGCAGGCCGGAGGAUCUUGGAUUAUCUAUCAGUGACAUGUGCUGAUGGGCACCAACAAGGAAGAUCAGUGAGGUGCAUUUGCUUCUACCUGGUAGCCAAAACUUUUUAAAUUGCGAGUCUAGAAUCGAAAUUUUCUUGUUUGUUGAGUAGCAGUAAGCGGCGGAGCAGGAUAUGGUAUGGAACUGGAUUAGGAGACGCUAUGAUUUGUACUGGAUUAAGAUUAGGCUAUGUUACUGUUAUGUGACUGGAGCAGAUGAUGUUAUGAUAAGACCCUUGCUGUCUGUGCUGGAUUAGAAUCUGUUACGUUCUAAUCGAGAUCUUCCUUCCAUGGUCUUGGGUCGUGUGGUCUGCUCUGCUUGUUUUGCAGUCUGAUACUGUACUGUUUGCUUGCUUCGGCAUCGCAGCAUGUGUCUAGUUGGCUGCAAAUAGGAUUUCAAUUAUCUAAUCAUUAGAUCAAAGUUAACUA